AUGGACAGGGCUGGCCUUAGAUCUCCUCGGCCCAGCUUCACUCCCAACCCUAGUUCUGCCCCAGGAACUGAGCAGCUGCCUCCCGGGACCGGACCGGACCAGACUGACAGCGCUGGGCUCGGGGACCUGGAGGUGCUCCAGGCUGGGGUGAGGGGGCCGAGAGAAGCCGGCUAUGUCCAGCUCGGGGGCUACGAGGCCGGGACCAUGACCCGCUCCAGCAGCGCCGGGCGCUGUAGCGCAGGCCGCCGGCUGGAGGAGACAGGAAGGGAAGGCCCCCCGCCCCCCGCCCCCGGCCCGGUCCCGCCGCCGCCUCCUCAGCCCCAGCCCCGGUGCCAGCCCUGGUCCCCGCCCCGGCUCCCACUCGCCACGUCGGGGACAGACGGGGACCGGCCGCCCGCAGCCCGGCACGGGGAAGCAGCCGGAGCCGGAGGGAGCCGGGGGGAGCCAGCAGCCCGAGCCCCAGCUGCCCGUCCCCCCUUCUCUCGCCGAGCUCCCUGGAAACCCAACUUGACCUCCAAGAUGAAGCGAGGGGAUGAAGCAUGUGUGCUGGACCUUCGGUGCUCUGAGGACAGGGAUAUCCCGCAAGGAGUUCAUUCAGGAGAUGGGAGUGAGAAUGAGGAAGAAGACGAGGAGGAGGGGAAUGGCAGCCCACAGCAGCUCUCGGCCACAACUCCAUCCGGGGAUGGUGAGGAGGAAGAGGAGGAGGAACCUGAGCUACAGCAGCCACGGCUGCUUCGAGUUGAGGGGACUGGUCGUGGUCGAGGUCGGAAGCUGGCGCCCCCUACUCCCUUACCCCCUGCCCGCGGCUAUGAAAAGCUCAAGGAGCUGAUGGUUUUGCCCCCGAUGGCAGCGUCAGUAGCGGCCCCUCCAAGUCCUGGCAGUGGGGAGCCCCAAAUACCACCUCGGAAACGCCGGCGGCGGAGCCGGGACCGGCCCACAAUUUGUGGGGAAUGUGGGAAGGGCUUCAGCCGCAGCACCGACCUAGUCAGGCACCAGGUGACGCACACAGGUGAGCGGCCCCACCGCUGUGGGGAGUGCGGCAAGGGCUUCUCGCAGCACUCCAAUCUGGUCACACACCAGCGUAUCCACACCGGCGAGAAGCCCUACGGCUGUGCGUACUGCACCAAACGCUUCGGGGAGAGCUCCGCUCUGAUUCAGCACCAGCGCACGCACACAGGUGAGCGGCCCUACGCCUGUGCGGACUGCGGCAAGCGCUUCAGCGUCUCCUCCAACCUGCUUCGCCACCGGCGUACCCACUCGGGGGAGCGGCCCUAUACAUGCGCAGACUGCGGCGAGGGCUUCCGCCACAAAGCUCAGGCCCGGCGACACCAGCGCCAGCUCCACGGGGGAGGGGGUGGGGGCGGGUUGGGGUUAACCGGCCCUUCCCUGGGUCCCGGAGAGUCUGGGGCGGAGCUGGUGGAUGAAGAGGGGAUGGGGGACAUUGGGGAAGGGGGCGAGGGGCGCAGUAAAGCACUUGGAGAAGACAGUAAGGACUUUGGGGAUUACCCCUGCAGUGGUCGGGGUGGUCUCCAAGAGGUGAACGGUGGGCCAGGCUCCUCUUCCUCCGUGUUCUACCUCCCCGGGGCCUGGGGCAAUGGGGGCGUGGGGCUGCCGUCCAGCGGCUUUGAGGAGUUCAUUUCCGGCAGCCGGAGGUGA